AGAUCUCCUUGCAGAAGGAGCCUAUUCUCUAGGAAUUUUUGCUAAUUUGUGAUUAAAAUUUGACUUAUUUGUAAAAAGCGCGAAUAAGAAUAACCUAUUUUUAGUUGUCUUGGACCUGUUGUUGCUUCUCGUGGGUUUGUUUAAUAACACUAGAAAUAUAAUUUUAAUGUGCAAUUAUGGAAUACAGAUCAAGAGGUCCUUAUUCCACCGAUAAGGAGCGGAUGUUUCUUGCACAAUUAAUAUUCGAAGAAAAAGUUAUAGAAAGUAAAAAAACAAGGACAAAGGAUCAAAGGAAAAGUAAGAAUGAAGCUUGGGAAAGAGUUACUAAAAGAUUCUGCAGCCAAGGAUUUACACCUCGUACUAGCAAACAAUUAAAAAAAUGCUGGGUUAACAUGAAACAAAGAAAAAGGAAGUUUAAUACUUUAAUGAAAGUUCAGCAUCUUAUGAUGGAUGGAAGCGUUUCACCAGCAGUGUUCGAUGAUCUAGUCAUGGAUGCUCCCAAUUUAGAUCUUGAAAUAUCAUGUCCAUUUGAUAGUACAGCUCAAUUUAAGAAAGAAUACGAUGUCAAGAAUAACUCAAAAAGGCAAUUAAUCACUAAUGACGAAGAAGACAUGGACAGAACUAUGAAAAGGGAACAAAUCUCUGUAUUAAAAAAUAAAGAUUUUUACAAUCUAACAGAUGAAAAAGAGUUACGAUUAAAACUUCGCGAUGCAAUUAAGCAGCAGCGAGAACUUUAUUCGAAAAAAAUGAAAGUUGUUGAUGCAAAAAUGAAAAUCGCAUUGCUUGAACUGUCGAUGGCGAAAUCAGUUGCAACUGCAGCAGUAGAAAAGAAAAUUAUAUUAGUAUCACACUUUAUUGGCAUUAUAAUACCUCAAUAUUGUCCAAUGUAA